CAAGAACGGAGUGAUUCCAUUCCCGCCAACUCGUGCUCCACCACGAGUUCCACCCGCUGUCACUUGACAGCUGAUCACAAAUCAGCCCAACCACAUACAUACAUUACCCCAAAAUAUUGUGCAACACCUGUGGUACCAUAACUCACCCCUAAAUGUCAUAAAUUCUCCUGAUUUACCCCUCCAAAUAAUUUCCAAGUGAACAUCACAAUAGAAUAACAGGUAAAACCCAUGUGUUCGUGACACUACCGCAAAUUCAUACAACUCGAGUAUAAACAGAUAAACUGUAAUUUCGCCCGGAACUAAUGCCAAACAAUCAGAUGACGCAUUGCAAAGGCCAAUCCAGCAGAAUACAGAAAUACUAGCAAAUAGUUAGAGACUUAAAUUCUAUUUUGAGGGGAAAACCUCAAGGAUAGCGACCGGUUCACUAAUUUAAUUGUCUUUGAGUGUUUGGUUGGAGACCACGUGGAUUUCUGACGUAAAGUAGACGUCAAUGAUUAGAGAUCAUAUGGUGGAAUGUUUUUGAUGAUGAGUUGACAUUUGAGUAAUGAAAAAAAAAAUCAUCUCCACUGAGAUUAUAAUCGGCUCAUGUGAAAAUUGUGAGAAGUGAUGAGAUUUUUAUGUGAAUAGUGACGGAUGAUGUUUGAGAAUUGUGUGCCGAAGUGGUCGACUGGAUCGAUCUUACGAGAAUGUUGACAGCUAGAUCAGGAGCACUCGGGGUGGGUAGAGUCCCUAGAACCCCGGGUCCAGUUGAGGGAAGUGAUCACCUGUUUCUGUUGCCUGAGAGAGCCCUCAUCAUGGACAGCACUCAUCUCAGGCAGGAUCUCGCUGGACUGGAUUUCAAUCUUCAUCUCAAUCUGCUUCAUACUGCACCACGUGGAAACGUCUGGCUCUCCGGAGCCGCUCCAGAGGAAACCAACCAAAGGUCCAGCUCUGCACACAAUCGCCACUCUCUCACGAAGGAGCAAACGAUGCAUUGGUUUGCUAAUGUCGGUGGUGAGGAUGAAUCUAUCAAUUGGACAGAUUCCAAGCGUCGCAGUCUCUACGACGAAGACUCCCUAGAUGGUGAUCAUCCCAAUGAGAAACAAGGACGAGAGUCCACGGGGAGUGCAAAGGACCUAGACAGGGUGAAGCUGGUGAGGGAGAGGCAGAAUGAAGAGAGACAGAGAAAACUCGAGGAGCUCAGGAAUCAGGCACUUGCUGCCCAGAGGUUCAGGGAGCAGAGGGAGGAGGAGAGAAGGAGACGCAUUGAUGAGCUGAGGUCGAGGGACAUGGAUAGACGGACCCAAGUGGAGGAGAGGAAGCGUCUGAUAUGGGAGGCAGAACGAGAACGGAGAGAAGCGAUACUUCGAAAGAAUCAGGAACGCGAGGCUCGGAUCGAGGCGAAGAAGAAGAACGAGAGAUCGCAUAUUGUGUUUGCAUUUGGUAGUUCAACCCCACGUAUGUUGGAACCAGCGGAUACCGGUGGUUCGUCAUUCUGGGGCACCCGCAGGGCUACAUCGACGACAAAUGUCAUGAUGUUUCCAGCAGCACAACCACUCACCAGGCGAUCAUCUGAACGAGAACUCGAUGGUAGCAAGAAACGUGCCACUUCGGCUGGUGGUCUUGAUCGCAAGCCUGGUGAAGAUAUGAGAAUGUCCUCGUCAAUGUAUGAGGUAUUCAAUUGGAAUUCUAGUCCCGAUCCUUCUUUAACUCAUGCAAAAAAUAAAAGGGCCAGCCUAUCGCUGCCUCCCACAACUGACAUCUUUGCCAUCGAUGAUAAAUCGGAUUGUGAUACUAGACGUGCUACCGUACAACGGCCGGCCACCGGUGAUGAUAACGAUGGAACAUCGGGUAGCCCAAGCUCAGUUUAUCUGCGUGUUAAUCGACGAAGAACUGAUCUGAUGCCAACGAUACCGUCUCCUCGGGACGGAGCGAUGUCAUCCCGUAGUUCAAGUGCUAAGGCGUUCACACGUUCACCAGGUAGGACUUACUCAAUGUCGAGACUGGAUCAGCUUUCACAGCCACGGAAGCCACGCAUUAAUGAGCUCAGCACUCUUAAUGAGCAGCGUCAGAAUGGGGGACAGAAUUUGGGCGCAAGCAGCAUGAGUCGAAGCAUGUCGCAUUUGGCUGCGCCCGGUUCCAAAACCCUCAAAAGAACCGAUAAUUCCCGUAGCAUGGGCACAUUACCAGGUGCUGUACCAUUACUUAGGCCGACAAGAGCUGAAAAAUUGAGGAGAAAGGCCAGGGAACAGAUGCACCAGCAGCAUCAAGGUGUACGUAGUGGUGAGGUGACGCCCAACAGUCCAUCGAGACCCCACAGCUCCAUGAGUCAACAGAGUGGCAGCAGCGUGGCCAGCAGCAACGUCAAUCUACGUCCACGAACAUCUACACCACGACGUCCACGACCUGCAUCUAUUGCUGGAACUGGUGUUACAGUCACAGAGAGAAACAAUUUGGGUGAAGUAAAGGGUGCGACGAAGGACUCAAAGCCCCCACUGCCAAAGGUUCACACGACUCCAAAGAAACCCUCAACACCUAGAUCAAGUACAGAGGCCCCCAGGAAGCCAAGUGAUAGAUUGAUAAAGAGUGCAAAAGCAUCACCACGUGUCACACCGAAAGCCACCCCUCUCCAGAGUCCUGGCACCGAACAGCCGCCCCUCAUACGUCAGAAUACCACUGAGAUAAUAAAAAACGAUAGUAAAGAAGUGAAAGAAAUUAAAGCUGAGGAGAAGCAAGAGGAGAAGAUAGAUCAGGGCAGUGAAAAAUGUGAGGAUAUCGUUGAGACAAAUAAUCCCAUGGUGGUGAGUGUUUCUUCGGUUGAGGCAAUCCCAGUGGUGCAGUCCACUCAGGAACUAUCUUCGUUGACACCGAAGGAGGAAAUUGCUGAGAAAAAAUCCUCCCCGGAGCCGGAGGUCAAGCCCGAGGGCGAUGUCGAGGAGAUUGUUGAUAUGUCUGCUUCGAUGAUUGCUAAAAUCCGGAUUACCACUGAGGAAGAGGCCAAGGCAGCACUUGCUGAGCGCAGGAGACUCGCCAGGGAACAGGCCGAGAGAGAGGCUGAACUCGAACGACAACGUUUGGAGGAAGAGGAGCGUCUAGAAAUGGAGAGACAACGCGCCGAGGAAGAGGAACAGCGUCGCCUGGAGGAGGAAACUCUCCGUCUGGCUAGUGAAGCUCGUGAAGCCGAGGAACAAAGGCUGCAACUGGCAAUUGAGGAUGCUAAACGCCGUGAGGAAGAGGACAGAAAACGACGUGAAGAGGAAGCUAGACAAAAACUGGAGAAAGAAGAGGCUGAGCGCAAAGCGAGGGAGGAAGCUGAGAAACAACGGCUGGAGAUGGUUGAGCGACUGAAAAAGGAGGAAGAGGAGCGUAUUGCUAGACGUAAACGAGUCGAGGCUAUUAUGAAACGCACUCGAGGUGGAAAUAAUCAAGCUAAUACGCCAACAAAGGGUGACAACGGAGAUGACAAAUCAAAAGAUGACAGCCCAAGUGAGGAGUGCAAGCCAAUGCCGGGAAACAAAGCAGAGGAUGUUAUGACGGCGAGUCUAAUCUCUGAAGCUACUCAACAAUUAAUAAAUGCUGAGCAGCAGGAUAAUCAUCCCGGAAACAAUAUCUCCACAGACAUUGUGCGUAAUGGUACAACGCACAGCAAUGGCAUAAACGAUAUUAACAAAGCUCUGCUUGAAAAUAACCAGGGCAACGAGGGUGAAUUAAAUGGACAUCAUACGAAUCAUGGAAAUGGCAUCAACAGUCAAAUCACACUCGACAAUGCAACUGUAAAACAAAACAACGUCACGAACAACCUGUUAGACCUAUCAGAGUUUGAUACACUGAGUAAUAGCAAUAAGGGUCCGAUACUGGAGAUGUCAACUAAUCUAUCCAACGAGGAUUCCCUCAACUCAAAUUUAAAUCCAGGGGCUAUGCCCUUUACUCCCAUGGUCAACCCCUUUGUGCCUGCAGCGACAAAUGCCAACACUAAUCCGUUCCAGGAUAAUUUCACCAACAACAAGACACAAGAUAAUAAUCAAUUACCAGAUCUUCUAUCAUAAAAGUUAUAAUUAAAAAAAUACUUUGAUGAUGAAGAAUGAAGAGAUAAAUACCGAUGGAAUAAUUACCAGUUUGCCCCUGGCAAACGUUAGGUAUCCCUGACGAUUAUAAUGGUAAAAAUGAUGAUUGAGAUAUUGAGUAAUGAGUUUGAUCGAUGACAAGAGUGGAGGAAUGAAGAGUGUAAAUAAACAGACGGCGAUUACCCAAAUAACCGUGAAAAAGAUAAUUGGAAUGAUGGCAGUGUCCUUGGGUGGUGCUGCUGGAAUACCCUCAACCCCUUGAAGAACCUUUACGAAUAGAAAUAUAAAAAAAUGAUAACUCUCCUUAACAGGAUCAUUUACAAGAGGAAGACCGGAGAAAUGUAAAAUAAUAUAUAAUGUUAAUUUCAAUUAUAAUUAUAGUGGCAAACAUAGACGUCAAAUUAUGCCCGUCAUAGUAAUUAAAUGCUUACAAACACUAAACUAACUUUUUAGAAGAAAAGAAAAAACAUUGAUGGGAUAUCGCCUAUUUAUAACAUUAUUUGAUUCAGAAGUGAAAAAGUAUAUUACACUCACACACUACGCAAACACCCUAUACUCUAGUGUAUGUUACAAAUUCGUCAUUAAAUUAAUUUCCCCUUUCGUUCCAUCCGAUUCAGUGUAUGCAAACUCGACAUUUGUCAUUUUAAUUAAAGGGCGAGAAGGAAAUUCUAGAUUUUAAACGGUUUUUUCACAAAACAUUUGCACAAGUUUCUCAAAAACCCAUUCGUACGGAUAUAAUUAUGAGAAUUACAUGUUCUUUUCAAUCGUCAAACAAUUGUAACAGUAAAAAUUAUAAAAAUUAUCAGAGGAUUGUCCAUUUUUUAAAAUCAAUCAGGGAGGACGAAUGAGUGAAAUUAAAAUCAUUUCUUCCGUACUCUAUUUUGGGGCGUGCACUCACUAGUCAAGUGAUUCAACAUUUUUAAUUACUCGCUCUGUUAUCCUUCAUCCGGAGAAAACAAGUAUCCUGCGACAUUUACGUUAAUGAUUAUUACUGCAGAAAUUGAAUAGUUGGCACACGUGAGUUGAGAUAUCGGUGAGAGUGAAAUUAUUGGAAAAUAGUCACUGCUAGAUGAUUUUAUUUUCACGGGGAUGAUUUAUGAUAUUCGGCCUAGUCACUGGCCUUUCAGUGACACUUGAAAGCGAUCCAUUGAGAAUGAAAAAUGUGAGAAUGAUUCACGGAAUGGUAAUUUUUUUUUUAAUCAAUAAAAAUAAUUGAUGAUUAAUCAGUGGCUAUUUAUUAAUGGUAAAGUAACACGUGAUAUAAACACCUGGAGUUAUUCCCAUGGAUUAAGUAUUUAAUGAGAGAGAAAUUAUUUCCGUUUUCUGCAGUUGCGAUUGUUAUCUUAUUUUAUUAUUCUUCAUGUAAUGAACAUUGAAAAUCUGCAUCAAUACGUCUUUUUAUAAUGGGAGCAUGUUACUGUCGUGUAGAAUUUAAUUCAGGAUUUCAACAGUUUAUUUUUCUUUUUUCGAUUAAUUUAAUUCAUUAUUGUAAAUUGUGAAUACAGAAAUGUUCAUGGAGAAUUGUGAGAAUUAUAAUCCCCCUUUUGUUGAACGUUCCCCCAGUUUUCGUGGGUUAAAUGUGGCGGAAUUAAUCUUCCUGUAGUCUAAAUAACAUGGUGUUAAUAUGAUACGUGAAAAUGAUUUUAAAUGUUGUGAGAGAACAGUUCAAUGAGAACUAAUCAUCGAUCGUGUCUAUGUGAAAUGAAAAUACCACAUUGUAAAAAAAAGAAAUGCUUGUAUGUAAUAAAUACUUAAUACAGAAA